CGAUGCCAGAGUGCCAGUCUGGAACGCUGUAACAUCCUAGCAUACCGACUGCCAUUAUUCUACGAUACUGGGUAACUUCGGCAAGGGACCAUCGAAGCGCUAUCUCUGUCUCCGUAUAGGCGGACCUACAUCCAUACGAGGGCGUGACGUCGUCAAACUACCCACCAGCCUAUAUCCAUCGCCCGUUCUUACCACCAGCAUGGCGAGCGCGACCCGGAGACUGUCCCAGUCGAUGGGCGAAGUCCGCAGGCGCGUGCACCUCGACGAGAACGCGGUGCAGAAACAUCCCUGGGGCGGAAGCGUCGGCCGGUGGUUAGAAGCGGAGUUGGACUACCAGAAGAACAUGCUGCCCGGAAUCGACAACAUGUGGCUUCUGCUCGACGAAGGGAGCGAUUUCAACCCGGUAUGCGCGUCUAUAUCGACGUUCGAGGAGGACGUGGACGUGGACAAGCUGAUCGAGCACUGGGAAGACAUGGCGCGUCGCUUCCCGUCCUACCGCCGGCGCCCCUCCGGCCUGCACCGGCGGUUCCACACCGCGGUACUCCGGGACUACGAGGGAUACGAUAUCCGCGACCACUUUUCGGUGGAGACGAUGCCGGACGGCGCGAAUGGGAAGCGCGAGCUCGAAGACCACAUGGCGGAAUUCAUAGCGAGGGGCUGGGAUCUGAGCAAGGCGUUGUGGGAAGUCAAGGUGCUGCGCAACUAUCAUGAUGGCACCGGCGCGAAGUCCGCGAUGAUGUCGCGAGCCCAUCAUACUUUAGCGGAUGGUCAGGGAUUCGUCAUAUCGCAGCUGACCACGACCUCGGCGCGCAAGAUGGUGGAGAAGAAACAAGAGCAGAUGAACGGGCACGCGCAUCAGGUAAACGCCCAAGCCCACGCCGUCAAGACCGGGCGCGCCAAGCUGUCCGAUAUACCUUUCCCGGCCGCGUCCAGCGCGAUCAAGCCCCUAGACCCAUACGUUCCGAGCCUCGUCGUCGCGUGCCUCUUCUACGCCCUGCACGCCGUCUUCGUUCUCAUCGCGCUCAUCUACGGCACGCUCGCCGGUCUGAGGGCCGGGAUCGCCUUCCUCACCUUCCGCCGGCGCGCGCUGCGAUACGAGGGGGCGCGCCCGUACGAAAAGGAGUUCUCGUUCUCCGACGCGGUCGGCCUCGCGGACAUCAAGCUCGUCCAGAAGGCGUUCGGCUCGAAAAAGCGGAAGAUCACGCUGAACGACGUGAUGUGCGCGGUCGUCGCGAAGACGCUGUGGCGGUACUUCGAACGCGUCGGCCAGACGAGCGAUUCACGCGUGGCGCUGUUCAUCCCGAUCUCGAUCCGCACCCCCGACGACCCCGGGAUGGGCAACUUCACCUCGGGCAUGAUCGCCUACUUCCGGCAUCACCGCGGGCGGGCGUCGACCCAGGUCCUGAUCGACGCCGCGCACGACGAGAUGCGCAAGCUCAAGACGUCCUUCUGGCCGCGCGUCUGCUUCAAGCUGCUCGCGUGGGCGUACCGCGCGCCGGUGCUGUUCCCGGCGCCGAGCCGGCUGAAGCUCGUCGACGCCGCGCUCGAGUCCGUGCACGGCGUGCUCACGAACGUGCCCGGCCCGCCGGGCGCGAUCGACGUCGAGGGCGCGCGGAUCCUGAGGUGGACGGCGAGCCCGCCGCAGGCGGGCAAGGGCACGCUCGGGAUCGGUAUGAUCUCGUACGACGGGCAUCUGGUAUGGACGGUGACGGCGGAUAAGACGGCUCGGUACGAGGGCAUCGCGCGAGAGUUGACAGAGGGGUUCGUCACGGCGUUCGAGGAGUUCUUGGAGGAAGCCAAACAACGUAUAAAGGAUUGAUCGACGCCUUCCACCUAGAAGGUUGGCCUCAUCGACAUAUUAUGAUUCUACGCGAACCCUUACCAUACAUACCUACACGCUGUAAUCGCUAGCUGUCGAAACACGUACACAACUUAGUAAC